UUAUUUUUGUUGAUAUAGUAAUAUAGAAAUAUAUAUGGAUUAUAUUUGUAUUAUUACUCUUCCCAAUGGAAGAACUAUAAAUAUAAAUAUAACCAAUGAAACAUCAGUUCAGCAACUAAAGAAUCAAAUAUUAGCAGUAGAUAGCAGUUUAGGGUCAAAUUUUUUGUUAAGUUUAUCAUCGGACUUUAACGAUACCUCGCAAAUAAUUAAAGCAGUUGGAUGGACCAAACUAUUAUCAAUAGAGCAAAUAUUAAAACAAACAUUACAAAAUAAACCAAAAGAAAGGAAAAAAAUAAUUUUAUAUAUUGUACCAUCAUCUUCUUCACCUCUGAAAUCACCCUCCCCUUUAUCAUCCUCACCUUUAAAACAAAGUACUGGAGGUUUUUUAAAUAAUAAUAGUUUUAAUAAUAACAAUAGUGGUAGUAAUAGCAGUAUUAAAAAUAGUACAGAUAGUUUUAAAAAUGAAAAUAUAGAGUUUAAAUCUACAAAGGAGAUUAUUGAAAGUUUACAUAAUAACAUAGCAAAUAACAAUAAUAAUAAUGUAAAAAAUAAAACAAAUAUAAAAAACCCAGCAACUUCAAAUUUAAGAAAAUCAAAAUCAGAUAUUAGAUUUGAAGAGUAUUGGAAAGCACAAAAUAUCGAUGCCAAUACUAGUAAUAGUAACAAUAAUCGUAUGAAUAACAAUAAUAAUAAUAAUAGUAAUGAUAAUAGUGUUUCAGUUUAUAGCGGGGGUUAUAAUGAAUUUGUAUCACCACAACAAACAAUUUCUUCGCCAUCGACUAAUGUUAAACCUCAGCCACAACAAUAUAGUUAUAAAAAUAAUAACCCAUAUCAAAUAGAGCCAAAUGUACCUGGCCAAAUUAUUUAUCAGCCUUCAACAUUUGGCGGUGGUAGUAAUAAAGCAACAUUAACAUAUAAACCAAAAUCAUCGUCCACAUAUGAUAAUAAACCAUCAGCCUCCACAGUAAAUGCAAAUCCAAGUAUUUCAAUUUCACCACCAACUAAUUCAACAAAAGCUACUUCUAAUAAGUUGGAAAAUUUGGAUUUAAAUUUAUUAGAUGAAAUGGUUGGUCAAAUUUCAAUAAAUAACCAAAAUCAAACUAAAUCUCAAAAAAAGAGAUCAUCAAGUUUUUCAUCUCACUUUUCAACAUUUAUCGGCAAUACAGUAUCAUCGAAAAAUUCAUCGACAAUUAUAUCACCACCAAUUAAUAACAAUGAAAAUUAUUACCAACCAUCACAACAAUACCUAUCAACAGCAUCUUCUUUAUAUAGCAAUGAUAGUAAUAGCAGUAGUAAUAGCAGUGGUUACCUUGAACCAAUUGGACAAAGACAAAGAGGUAGUUCAGUCUCAUCUGUAAGUUCAAAUACUGGAGGAAAUGGUCCAUGUUUUACUCAAUACUAUUCAACAUCUUUAAGAGAAUCUCCAAUUAUAUAUUCUGGUGAACUCUAUAAAAAAAAUAGAAACCUGGUGGGUUGGAAAAAAAGAUAUUUUAUUUUGACCUCCACCAAACUACUUUAUGCAAACUCUUCCAAUGAAACGCCCAAAAGUGAGUUAUUGUUAUCAGACUAUGUAUUAAAUAUUAUAUCGGAUAGUAGUUCAAAAUAUUUCUGUUUCCAGUUAACUCCAAAUACCUCGGGCGGCUUAUUAUAUUUAUUUGGUAUCGAAGAUUUAGAUCAACACAGAGAAUGGAUCAACGCCAUUACUAAUAGUUUUAAAUGUUUGGACUAUAAUAUCCCAAUUGAUGCAUCAUCUCUACCAAAUGUAACAUUAUCCCAAAAGAAACAUCAAACUCUAGAAAUUGAUUACUACAAAAAACUACCAUCAGAAAUUAAAGUUGCCCAUCAAAAUGACGAGAUCAACUAUUUUAGAUUCAAAAUGUCACGUCUAUUAAAAUUAAUCCAGCAAUACACUUUCAAAUCAAAUAAUUUAAUUUUAAUUAAUUUAAAUAGUAAUAAUUCAUAUUCACCAUAUAAUCAAAAUGUUGGCAAACAACAAUCUUCACAAGCCACCUCAACAAUGAACAAUACCAAUUUCAUAACAACUGUAUCAUCAACACUAUCAAUAAGAAAUGCAUCAAAUAGCGUAAAGCUUGAGAAUGUUAAAGUUGAAAAUCAAAUUACACCAUCCCCAACUGCUUUGGCAGUAACAGCAACUAACACCAGCAAUUCUAUCAAUUCCAACAGAUUCAUUAAAGUUAUGAUUUAUCACAAUGGUUUGGUCAUAAAAUAUUCUGUUAAUAUAAACUCAACAUUUGAAAUGAUAUUAAAUGAAAGAGUAGAUUUAUUUGGGGAAAAUGCAUCAAAUAAAUAUGGUUUUAGAAUUGUUGGUUCAUUAGAGCAUAUUUUUAAUUUAAAAAUUCAAUUAAAGGAUUCAAUCUACGUCGAGAAGGCAUUAAGAUUUAGAAAAAAGUUUAGAUUGCAAACCAUUGAUGUUUCAUUACAAUCAAGAUUAUUUAUACCAAAUGUAAUGACCUCUUUAGAAUGGAAACAACUGGAAGAGAACAUCAAUCUCAAUGACAACUCACCAUCAUCAACAAAACAAUCGAACAAUACCUUAUCAUCAUCCUCUGCUUUAUUGGUCGACUUGACCAAUAGUAAAAAGCAAUUACCAAAAUCUCUUUUAGAUUCUAAAUUGGUCAUCUCAAUAGUAUCACUAGAAAAUAUACUACCAAUUUUAAAAAGAUACUAUCCAAAUAGUUAUAAUAAAAUUUCAAUUUACAUUGAAAUUCAAAUUUUAUACGGUGAUGUAUUAUUGUGUAAAAAUAAAACAUCUUGUAAAUCAAAUAUUCUAGAAUGGAACGAACAAUUAUAUUUCGAUAUAAAUAUGCUUGAUUUCCCAAAAGAAUGUACAUUUUUAACCAGUGUUUAUUCAAAUGAUUUAGUAAAUUCAAGUAAUUUAUUAUUAGCACAAUUCCCAUAUUUGUUCCAAUCAGUUGACAAUAAGAAAAUAAUUAAAGAAUGUUUUGAAAUUGACCUACUUCCAAUCUACCAGCAAUCACAGUCAAGCAAUGGACCCGUUUCAUCACCUUCUUUACUUCAACAACAACGUCAAUCAUCACAGUCGCUAUCUGUACUAUUAAAUUCAUCUCAAAAUCCAAUUUUAAAAUGUAAAAUACCAAAUAUCUUACAAUCGCUAUACUUUCAAGAGAUAUCAUCAAAUAUCAUCAAUGGUAAUAAUAGUAACAACAGCAAUAGCUCAUUUAGAAAGCAGACUAUUACUUCAUCAUUAACAAAUGAAAAUGUAAAUAGAAUUAUAGAGAGUCUAAUGAGAUUCGAUAGAUCAUUGGUAAAGGAGUCCCAUAGAUUGGUUCUUUGGGAAAAUAGACACUAUUGCAAACUUAACUUUCCAAAUAUUUUACCAACUCUUUUAUACAACUUUUCAUUUUUAAACUAUAGCUCACGUGUAGACUUGUACGAUCUUUUGAAAGACUGGCCAAUAUUAUCACCCGAGUAUGGUAUCGAAUUGCUUUCAAGUGACUUCAUCGACGACAGAAUUAGAGAAAAAGGAGUUGUAUCAAUUAAUCAAUGGGAUGAUAACCAACUAUCGCUAUACUUACCACAGAUUGUAUCAAUGAUAAAGUACGAAUCGAAUAACUUUUCUUCUUUGGCAUGCUUUAUAGUGAAAAGAGCAAUUUGUAAUCCAUUAAAAAUCGGUGAGCCUGUAUUCUGGCUAUGCUCAAAUGAAAUUAAUUUAUCAGAGAACAAGAUUCAUAUUGUCAUCAGAUAUAGAUUGAUCAUGGAAAUAAUAUUAGAGGGCCUGGGUAUAGGUGUAGUAGGAAAUAACAGUAGUAACAAUACCAUCAACAAUAACCAAGGUAGAUUCGGCCAAUCACUACUAUACCAAUAUCUUUUAAUCCAACUGUUAAAACAAAUCAAUUUAGAUAUUAUCAAAGAACCUGAAAAACAAAAACAAAUUUUCGAAACUAGGUUAGCAUCAAUUCCUAAAGUAUUCUCAUUACCAACCCAUCCUUUCCAAGAGUUUAAUGGUUUCAUAUUGGAGGAGUUAAAAGUUAAAGAUAGUAAUGCUGCCCCACUAUGGUUAGUUUUUUCAUCUGUAGAUCCACAUGCCGACGACACCAAAAUUAUUUUCAAAAAAGAUGAUGUUCGUCCUGAUGAACUUUGCCUACAACUGUUCUCGGUUAUGGAUAGUAUAUUAAAAUCAAAUGGUUUGGACUGUGAAUUUACCAUAUUCAAGUGUAUGUCUGUUGGUAGCGGAUUAGGCCUAAUUGAAGUAGUUCCAAACUCUGUAACAUUAGCUGACUUUAUGAGAGAUACAACAAAGUAUCCUUCAAUCGAACAAUGGCUACGUCAAAAAAACCCUCACGAUUCCUCAUAUAAAGAUAUAUUUUUAAAGUCUCUCUCUGCAUAUUGUGUUGCUACAUAUUUAUUAGGUAUUUACGAUAGACACAACGAUAAUUUAAUGGUAUCCGAAACUGGUAAUUUCUUUCAUAUCGACUUUGGUUACUUUUUAGGUAAAGUUACAAAAUUCUUUAUGUUUGAAAGAGAAACAGCUCCAUUUGUAUUAACAAAAGAUUUAGUUCAAAUGAUUGGCUCAAAAGAAAAUGAAUUCAAACAAUUAUGUUGUAAAAUUUAUAACAUUCUUAGAGAGAACUCUAGACAACUGUUGAACCUAAUUACAAGCAACAAUGGUAAACAAUUGGUUCAAGAAAGAUUAAAAUUAGAUUUAACAAAUGAACAAGCCGAAAAAUACUUUUUAUAUUUAAUCAAAGAAAGCAAAGGAAACACUCGUGCAGAAAUUAAUAAUAUUGUCCAUGUCCUUGUCCAUCCCAAUUGA